AUGAUCCGGCCCGGGACCUCCCUGACCAAGCAGAAGCAGAGGGAGCUACAGAAGCCAGAGCUCCAAGACUUCCUCAAGGCGUGCGACUACGUGGCUCGGCCCUGCCGGCCGUCACUCUCCUCGAGUUCGACAGGCGGGCCAAGGAGGAGCCGCCCGCACCUGCUGAUGUGGUUGGCGUACAGCCUCUUCCACAACGGCGAUUAUAAGAAGGCCAUCGACGUCUACGACGAGGCUCUGGCGGAGGGCGACGACCCGCGCAUCCACGCGUACAAGGCUUGCUGCCAUUAUGCUCUGACCGACUUUUGUCUAUAA